CAGUUCCUUUGAAUCAGAAUAAAAAGUGCAGCAAACUUCAGACUCAUUGACUGCAGGCUUAACAAGCGCCGGCUUUUCUGCUUUAUCACAGCCUGCAAGGAUCUCUGGUUUCUGUAAAACAGUUCUGAGGAAGCAAUGGCCAGCUUCACCUUAUGGGCAACUUUUGGAUUAUGUCUGCUGAAGCUUUGCUUGACAGAAACACAAUUCAAUGUAAGUUGCAGAUAUGGAGGAGUUUUUCAUGUUGAGAAAAACGGUCGCUACAGCCUCACACGACCUGAAGCAGUCGAACUCUGCAGAGCUCUCAAUAGCACCUUAGCAACACUAGAGCAGCUGAGGAAAGCUCACGACCUUGGCUUUGAAACUUGCAGGUAUGGUUUUGUAGUGGGACAUAUUGUUAUCCCACGAAUCAAUCCCUAUCACCUUUGUGCAGCCAACCAUACUGGGAUUUAUAAACUUUCAGCAAACACAACUGGUCGGUAUGAUGCAUACUGUUACAAUGCAACAGAAACAAGAGACAUAAACUGUGAGCCAGUGGAAAGACUAGACACUUCUUUCCUCAGUAAUCAGGAUGAAAUAGUCAUUGACAACGCAGACGGCUCCCGUUACAAUGCAGACGGCACACGCCAUGGCGGAGAGUCCUCAACCUCGGGUGUGGAUGAGGAAAAUGUAGGCAGUGGAUCACAACAUGACACAACGCCUAUGGAUGCCUCCAUCAGGAGAUCCAGCCCCUCCUAUUAUGGAAGUGUUACUCCAGUCUCACAGUUGCCAGAUCAUUCUUCUGGAGGAGGUGAAAAAGAAAUUCCUAGAAAAUAUUCUGAUGAUGAAGUUUCUCCUGUAUCGCCUGACAUCUCUUUGGUGACGGCAACUGAUGACUACCCUGAAAAAGAUGAUGGACAGUAUCCUCCAAGUACUACUCCAGGGCCUCAUCAGGACAAGCUGGAGACAGCCACCACUCAGGCUCAGUGGAAUGCAUUCUCAAACCACUGGUUGUGGUCAAAUCCUGGAGAGAAGACGCAGGAACCCACGCAAGCACCCAAGGCAGAUGUGACCUCAAGUGGCAAUGGUUCAGAUGACGAAGACUCUUCAGAAGAGAAAAUUUACGCAACAGUGUCUCAUGGCUGGGACAGGAGUGUGGCCAAGUACGAGUAUGCUCCAAGUACUACUGUGGAUUCUCAACAUGAAACUCUUCUGGAAAUCUCCACACAAGAUCAUUGGAACCCAGUUUAUACAGAUGAAGAGGAGCAGUAUCCUAGCUCUACUGGCAAGGUGCUAGUUACAAAUGAGAAUGAAAAACAUCAAGGACCAACCCGACACCCGCUGUUACACAAUGUUCAUGCCGGUUGGAUCAGUCAAGAACAAAAUCCUGCAAAUGCCACUAGUAGUACUGAACAACACGAAGUUACUGUUGCAGGUGAAAAAGAUAUUGAAAAGGCAUCUACUCAUACAGCUAUGGUCUUCAACCAUGGGUCCAAACAGAAUGACUCAGUGCAAGACACAUUGAUGCAUCCAGGCUGGGACAAGGGAGACGAUUAUGCCACACAACCUACUAUAAUGGAUAGAAUUAUUCCUUCCAGAGAGAAUAAUCAUGAAAAAGAGUCUUCCACCACAGCGGCCUCUCCCGAUGGUGCCCAUGGCAAAGACCCCACUCAGCCCCCUCUGCCUUCAGACCAUGAACCAGGGGAGGGCACUGAGGGCAUCGCACACCCCACAGACAUCCCUGGGGAUCAGGUCCUCCACAGGACCACAGCCAGUACGAGGAAACCCGGUGGUGACUCUCCUCAGAUGAGUACCAUCACAGAGCCUGUGGGUGAUGUUAAUGGAGAGAAAGCAACCGAGGAGCCGCUGGCACCUGGCACAGGAGCUGGAAGGGAAAGGGAGCAAGAAACCACCACAGAUGGCUCCCAUGUCAACUGGAUACCUGGAGUUUUUCCAGACAUAGAAGAUCGUCUUAACCACUUGCAGACCCCUCUUCCUACUAUCACAGCCUCCACCGAUAUUCAGAAAGCAGAAGAUACAACCCAGGAAGCGUGGGCACCUCAUGGCGUGGUAACAACAGCGGCCUCUCCCGAUGGUGUCCAUGGCAAAGAUCCCACUCAGCCCCCUCUGCCUUCAGACCGUGAACCAGGGGAGGGCACUGAGGGCAUCGCACACCCCACAGACAUCCCUGGGGAUCAGGUCCUCCACAGGACCACAGCCAGUACGAGGAAACCCGGUGGUGACUCUCCUCUGAUGGGUACCAUCACAGAGCCUGUGGGUGAUGUUAAUGGAGAGAAAGCAACCGAGGAGCCGCUGGCACCUGGCACAGGAGCUGGAAGUGAAAGGGAGCAAGAAACCACUACAGAUGGCUCCCAUGUCAACUGGAUACCUGGAGUUUUUCCAGACAUAGAAGAUCGUCUUAACCACUUGCAGACCCCUCUUCCUACUAGAUCUACCUCCAGUAUAUAUGGUAAUCGAGGACCACACAAGGGACAUUUUGAAUCCACCACUUUCCCUGCCGAGGCCACAACAACAAAAGUAAAUUCAGAACAAAGGUCAGCCCCGGUACCAGAGUGGCUGAUCAUUGUAGCUGCGCUUGUGGCACUGGCGCUGAUCCUUGCCGUGUGCAUCGCGGUCAACAGCCGCAGAAGGUGUGGGCAGAAGAAAAAGCUGGUGAUUAACAAUGGCAAAGGAGCAGUGGAAGACAGAAAGACAAGCGGGUUAAAUGGAGAUGCCAGCAAAUCACAAGAAAUGGUGCACUUGGUUCAUAAAGAGCAGUCAAAUGACCGAACGGGAACAUGUGACGAGUUCCUGACCGUUAAUGAAACACAGAACCAUCAGGACCUUGACAUGAAGAGUGGAGUGUAAUGAUACUAAGCUGCCAAGCAGAUGAGAGCUGGGGAAAUCAAAAUCACAUGAAACUGAGACAGGAAUUCACAGAUGCACUGUGCUACUGAUGUCUUCUCAACAAAAUUAAACAUAAGUUUUAUUCAUUUUUUAAUCACUUUAAAAUGAUGCCUGAGUUACAGAAUGGAUGUUUUCUUUCCAAAAUAAGCCCCCAAAAGCUGCAAAAUGUUUUCAGUUCCCAGUUCUGACACAGAGGACACUUGCUAUGUCCUGGGUGGUAGGAGGGUCACAAGUUGAUGUCAUUGCUCUCCCCAGGGGCGGGGGGUCUCUGUUUUGCAAGGUUAUUAGAGUAUCCACUCACUCUGUCUCGCAAGGAUUUAAGGUAACUGCAGUAGCUGUGGUACAAGAGUAAGUGAGGAACAAAUGUCAAGAGCAAAAGUAAAAUUUACACCAAAAAGGUCUCCUAUACACUGCCUAAAGCAUCAGAAUCCUUCAGAAAAGCCUUCCAGCCAGGAGGAGCAGUAGGUGCGUUCAGAGUCUGCCAGUAUGAAAAAAAAGUGUCAUUUAAUAAUGAUUUAUGGCACAAUCUGCAAUGAGGGAAACUGAGAAGGACAAAAUCUAUUUAUCUCUAUUUUUAAUGUCUGUGGGCAUACAGCAAGUUGUCUUGGGGGGGUGGGGGGGAUAAAGAGAUUAAAACAUGAGCUGAUGCAUAAUAAAUGUUAAUAUUUUAUUACCCUAACAAUCUGUAUAGUUAUCCUUGAAUUUCUGAGGUGUUCAUUGCUCUUCACCCUCCCUCUUUCAGUGAUCACAGUUUGUGCAUGCUUUAAAUGAGUCUGUUAGUAAGGAUAAUGAAUAAACCACAAUGACUCCAGCUCUAUCACACAUGCACAAAUCAAACAAUUCGAGAUUGUUAGGAAAGAUGACAGUAUUUUAUUCCUGAAGAGUAGGUCUCUAUCUUCUGCUGCUCCAUUUCACACGGGAGAUGCUGAGCCCAGUAAAACCUGCUUCCCCUGUAACUAUUAAUGUUACACCAGUUUGCUGAUAUUGUUGCAUUUUUAUUGUCUCACUCACUUCCUCUGAAUUCUAUCUCAUCCCUGAUCUCUCCUCUGCUUUUUAAAUACACCACAAGAAACAUUGCUUGCUUAUUGGUACCAGGAGUUCAAAUUCUACAGAAGAGAUCAAAGAAAAUGAAAGGAAACUCUCCCAGACGUGUAACAUAGUAAAGUAGCUACAGCUGCAUUGUUAUAAGCUUUUGUAUUGUCUUCAUGUGUCUGCUUGUUAUGUAAAGUAUUUGUAUUAAGCUAUGAUGCUGUGCAUUAUAUUGAUAUGGAUUGUCAGAAAGGAAAUUAUGUACCAGCAAUGGUCUGUGCCAUUUUUGAGAAAGUGUAUUGAAAUGGAGGGAGAUGAUAACUAAUCGAGCUGCCUCAAGAAAAUGCAAGUAAGAGCAACCUCAGGUGAUGGCAGCCAGUGGUCUGUGUGGGUUAUGGGAUGGGGAAUGUCCUGGAGUGGAGUUAUCCCAGUAUUCCUGUUCGCUGACCAUAGCACCUGCCUUUGCAGCUGUUCUGCUGUGACUUUAUGUUCUCCAUCUGAAGCAAUUUGGAGGAUGAGUAUUCUGCUGGCUAAAUGCUAACCUUAGCUAGCAUUCGUCUUUACUGGCACGUAGAGCACAAGACUGUUGAUCAUAUUUCCCAGUCACAGCCCUCCAGCAAUUUCCAAUUUCCCACAUCUUUUGUUGAGGUGCCCUGGGGUCUGCAGGCAGAUCUCCUUGGGGGCAAUUUAUAACUGGGCAGCAGGUCCCGAGGCUUGAUGUGAUUGAUCUUAAAGUACACAUAGGCUGUUUUCUGACUUCACAUUGGUCAGUGUGUUUUAUCUAUGAACAGUCAUACAGGUCAUGGUCUACAGCUGUUCACACAGACUGAAGCUAAUGAGGUCAAAGUGAUCUACACACGAUCAGUCCAUUGCCAAACUUCCCAGUCCUUUUGUGUAUUUUAAAACUGAACAGUGUAGUGGGAAGUCUGUUGGUUCUGUGCAUCGAUUUUUGUUUAAUUCCUGUAAAGUUCUUAAGCAAGAUUUCCUAUUUGUCAGAUCAAAAUGAUCUAUCAAACUGGUGUUAUGUACUCAUUUCACUGAGUAUGGAGAUCCAGAGUAGGAAUGAUUCAUCUCUUUAAACAUGAACUGAAUAUAGAUCUCAGUCAAGAGGAGAUACUUCAUUGUCUUGAAAGUUAAGUUUUUCUUUAAAAUAAGAAAGAAAAAGGCUGUGGCAUGUUAUUCAUCUCCCUGUUCAGAUGUUUAAUGGAGAACUCCACAAACUGCUUCCUAAUUUGCCUGGUGUUCAGUAGCUAUAAAUGCACGGACAAUGCUGGUUGGCUUCUUUUUGUAUUUUUAAAUAGGGAGAUGCUCAAAUUCUCUUUACAGAGGCAAUGCCAUUUUUUAUAUAUGCUGAUUCAUUCUAGAUUAUGUCCUGUGAUAUGUGUAAUUAAGUUCCAUUACAGUUUCAAAACUAGAUGGCUGUUUUUUCAUACAUGUGUAAUAUAGUACUUAUUUUUAUUAAUCCUAGUUUUAUUAUUUGAGGGGUCCUGUAUGUAUUUUUUAUAUAAAGCACUUGAUAUAUUUGCCUAUUUAUUUAACAGGUUAAUCAGAAUGAAAGUAAACAUCGUCUCUAAAUCAUAAUUAGAAAUAAUAUUGCAAAACCCACAUUGAACUGUAAAAUAAUCUUUCAGAAAUAAACUUGAUUCCACGUGGAGGAUAAAACUGAUGACUCUUCCUGGCUCAUUGAACCAAAGGCCUUUGGGAGAAAGCAGCAUGAUCCAGCCCUUCCUUCAGGAUGCUGACAGACUAACUGGGCCUUAGUCUACCCUUGGUGGCUGGGAAGAAUGAGGAGCUCUCCUAAAAACGCUGAGGAGACCAGGCUGGACCAGGAGCAGCCCCUGUGAUUAGUUCAUGUUAUUGUUUUGCCUUGAAUGGUUUUAAAUAGCUGUAAUCCCGAGCACCUCUCUCAUGGAAAAACUGUCUAAAGAAGUAAGAAUCUUUAAGAGAGAGAUUGUAGUUUUUAUGAGAACAUAAAAUUUUCAUUGAAUAAAUGAAUGGAGGUGA